AGCAGCAAUGGCCGAGGAAGCAACCCCGUCCCUGCGGAUCUCGGACAUCAAAGAUCCGGCGGCUCUCUUCGAGCGCUACAACACCGAAGAGAUCCGGCGGAUCGAACGCAGAGUCCGCGGGGAGAUCGAGCAGAAGAAGGAGGAGCUAAGGCAGAUGGUGGGGGAGCGGUACCGGGACCUGAUCGACGCCGCGGACACCAUCGGGGAGAUGCGGCAGUGCUCGGAGAGCGUGGUUCGGUCCAUCCAGGACAUGCAGCAGUACUGCCUCAUGCUGAAGCAGGGCCGAGCCGCUGGGACCGGCUGCAGGCAGGAGAACCAGGACCAGAGGCAGUGGCAGGAGAAGUUCUACACCAUGGCCUCUCAGAUCAAGCUUCUCCUCGAGAUCCCAGAAUGUAUCUGGAGCGCCAUGGAGGCAUCCCAGUACCUCCAAGCCACGCAGCUGUACCUGCUCUGCUGCCACCUGCACAUUCUUCUGCACCUGGAGGCCGCUACAGCAGGCCACUACAACCCCGUCCUCGCCCGCUUCCCCAUCCUGGUCCGGCAGGUCGCCACCACUGGACACUUCAGGUCAGCCAUCCUGCUAGACAGCAGGUCUCUGCUGAGGGGCCGGGCUGUGUCGGAUCAGGCCAUCGCUGAGGCCCUCGUCUCCACUAUGCUGCUGGAGGACAGCUCACCCCGUCAGGCCCUGGCUGACUUCUUGUUGGCCCGGAAAUCUUCCAUCCAUCAGCUGCUGAACCAACCACAGCACGGAGCUGGGAUCAAGGCCCAAGUGUGCAGCCUGGUCGAGCUGCUGGUCACUACUCUUUUCCAGGCAUAUGCUGUCUUCUACCUGCCCCCAGAAGGAGGCCCAAGGACUGGGGAGGGAGCCCUGAGCUGUGGCAUGCUCUUCUCCAUCCUGGAGAAUGUCACCUCCACUACCCCUGCAGCUAAAGGCAGGCGGGUGUUGCAGGACGAGGCGAGUGCAGGCAGCUGGUUCAGGUACCUGCCUCAGUCCAUCACUGAGUUCCAGCCCGCACUUCGCACCCUGGCUCAGCCAAUCCAGAGAGAGCAGCUCCGUGACACCCUGCAGCAGUGGAUUGAUACCUGCAAGGAGGACAUCUGCUGUGGUGUUGGCAGCCUGCUGGUCUAUGUGAGGAGCCUGAAGGGCUUAGCAUCCAUCAGAGAUGCUGUGUGGGACCUUCUGUCCACCGACUCCAUCAGUCAGCACUGGAGCACCGUGUGUCAGCGGCUGCUAGAGCGCCCCCUGGCAGUCUGGGAUGACUUCCUGCAGCAACUCUUCCUUCAGCGCCUGCAGGCCAUCACUAGAGAGGAAACUGAAGCCAUUUCACUGAGCUCUGUCCAGCUCUUCAUCUCAACUGUGAGGGAUCUUGAGGGCCAGACCAUCUCUUCUUCUUCCGCUACCAACCCCGGCUCCAGCCGCGGAGCCCAGUAUGAGGUAGAUGUAGCGUCCUUCUUGUGGUUGGAGUCUCCAGGGGACCUGCUGAGCGAUGCAGGUUGGGUCAGUGUGACCCAGCGGGGACAGCAGCAGCAGAGGAGUGGUCUGGCCAUGAAGACCCAGGCCUUGACACCGUGCGUGCAGAACUUCUGCUCUGUCCUGGACACAAAGCUGAAGGCCAGGCUGGAUGACCUCCAGCACUACCUUCCCUCCCAGGACACAGGAUCUGACUCCGUCUCAGUGUCCUCCUGUGGACCUGCUGAAGGCUCCUCAGCAUCCUCAUUUAACCGCUUCACAGACUCUCCAGCAGUGGAGGAGGCUUUACGUGAAGGCUGUCGGGCCUGUAUUCACCACAUCCUGUCCUCCAUCCGCUCUGAGCUGGCGGCAGUCUCACCGGACUCCAGCCUCACCCGCCUCAGUUCAGUCCUAUUCAUGGCCAGGUUGUGCCAGUCUAUGGGUGAACUCUGCCCAAACUUAAGGCAAUGCAUCCUGGGAAAACAGAGCGCACCCGAAGCCAAAGGGAUCCACAAACAGGGCAAGAAGCUGGGCAAAGCCAGGGCCACGGCAGAGGUCAGCCCCGCCCAGGCCAAGUGGGCCGGUCUGAAGGAGGAGCUGCUCAACUGCAGUAUGGAGGCCUACCGCAUAUGGAGCUCCGCCCUGUCCAAAGUGCUGCUGGAUAAGUUCGGCACAGCGCUACAUGCCCAGUCAGCUGGAGCCAUUCUAACCACAGUAACAAACUGGGAGGAUCUGGAGAUCCAAGAAGAGGCUGAGUCAGGAAGCAGCGUCACAUCCAAAAUCCGUCUUCCAGUCCAGCCAUCGUGGUUUGUGCAGUCGUUGCUGUUCCAGCUGUGCGUGGAGGUGAACAGGGUUGGUGGCCACGCCCUGCCCAGGCCCACUCUGCAGGAGCUGCUGCAGGCCUGUUUAACUCAGGCACUGAACCACUACCACAGCCUCAUGCAGCAGGCCGGCAGCAAGCCGGGUGUAUUCCCCAUGACUCAGAACAGAGCCUUGCAGUUGCUGUUUGACCUUCGUUACCUCAAUGCCACACUGGGCAGCAGACCUGAGGAGGGCAGGAGCGCCCGAUCCCUCCAAAACCCCAGACUCCACGAGGUCUGUGAUUGGCUGGAGAGUUUCAUCGACCCCUUUGACCUGGACGUGUUUACGCCUCCGCUGAACAGCAACCUCAACCGCCUGUCCCAGAGGACUUCGGUGCUGUUGGGGCUGCUGACAGGCUCAGAAAAGCAGUUUAUCUUGCGGAGCAGCAGUGUGAACUCCCAGGAGCCUUACAACAUCCUGCCACUGGCCAGCAGCCAGAUCAGGUUUGGGUUGCUGCCUCUCAGCAUGUCAAAUGCGCGGAAAUCCAAGUCGGCGUCCAGGAGCUCGGAGGCUCCUCUUCAGCUGACUCCUAAAUCCUCCACGGCAGGCAGUGACGACAGCUUCCGGCCAGGCAGCCUCUUCAGACAGCUGGCUGAUCAGGACGAAGACACAGCAGCACCGUCUUUAUUUAAACUCAGCUGGCUGUCUGGCAUGGCCAAAUAACCCUUUUUUGCUCAAUACUUUUCAUUUUCCUUUGCAGAAACCUAACUACAGUAAAUAUAAUUUUGUCUUUUGA